AUGAGUAAUAGUGCUAAGAAAAUCGUAUGGCUAGUGUUGCUGCUCGCGGUGGGCUUGGCUCAUGCGCAUGAAAUGGAGGAUAUGGAUAUGGAUAUGGAUGAGAGUUCGCCAGAACCAACGAAUACGACGAUGCCCCUUGCUUCUGUAAGUCCGGUGCCAUUUGAACCAAAGCACCCACAUGGACUACCAAUUCUGCAGAGACCUGGUUUAACUGCUGGCGAAAAAUUGUAUUGGGAUCAAUACAACAGCACUAGUUAUUUCAAUACCGACAAGGGUAAUAGGGCUGCGUUGCAUUACCAUGUGUUAUCUCUAGUGUCGUCAAUAGUCUUUUUUUAUCCAAUCUGCUUGGUUCUUCACAGUAUCAAGUCUAGUUGGUACCUGUUGGCACUUUUGGUUAAUCUGAUAGUCGUUCUAUCUUCUCUGUUUUCUCUGAGUGUAUUUGCAAGUACUUUCCCUGAAGAUUGGUAUCCAAACAAUUGCUACUCCAAGACUUCAUGGAUCUUGUUCUUCACCAUUUUGGUCCAUUUUGUCUCUGCAGUGGUAACGAAGGCAUCUCGUUGGGUUGUCGGCAGCAAUGCUUUGCACGAUUACAAUGACGGUGGAUUUAUUCCCUUGCAGGAAAUGGCACCAACACCUGAAGAUGAACCAGAAGAGGAAGCGGAACGGGAAGAAACUGAAGACUCUUUGCAGCGUCAUAAAGAUGAACAGGCCUUGAGAAAUCGUAGGGAUAACUUCUUAUCACGUUUAUUGGGUGGUGAAUUCGUGCAAAGAGUCGCUCGCAACUUUGGUACACCUUUUGAAAUUAUUUACAGAACGUUGAACUACCCGCUUUUCAUCUAUUUGAUGGUGGAUUGUGGUAUUGGGUUAGCUGUUGGUUGUCUAAUGGGUAAAGGUGCCAGGAUCUUUAACCUUUUGGCACACUGGAUUAAAGGUGGUGUUUUCUUUGUUUUGGGUCUAGUUUCAUUAGCAAGAUACUGUGGUGUCGGUAAGGGACAUGGUUGGGCAUGGAAUAAGAUUAUCGUUAAGAGGGAUCCUCUAAGAUCAAGAUCUUCUGCAUGGAAAAGAUUCUUUAGUCCUCGUGGUACAAUUACAAUGGAAGGUAUUGAAUCGUUUUUGAUCUUUUUCUAUGGAAGUACCAAUGUGUUUUUGGAACAUUUGGCAGGUGCAGGUGGUGCAUGGACCGCUAAAGAUUUACAACAUGUGUCUAUCGCGUUCAUGUAUAUCGGUACUGGUCUAUGUGGACUUUUAACAGAAUGCAAAUUAAACCAAUGGAAAUUUGAACAUGUUAUGCAACACAGUGAAGGUCUUGAUAGAGAAGAAGUUGAACAAGCAUCCCCAGGUUACUCUCCAAAUCCUUUCCCCACAUUUACCAUUUUCUGGACAGGUAUAUUAAUGUCACAGCAUGCACAAGCAUCAGAAGCUUCGAGACUAAUCCAUAUGCAAUGGGGGUAUUUGUUAUCAUACGGUUCAUUCUUUAGACUCCUAACAUUUGUGUUUUUAUUUUUGGUUCCUAACAAAGAUUUGAGACCAUCCUUACCAUUUACAGAACUAAUUUCUUCAUUUUGUUUGAUGUGUGGUGGAUUGGUAUUUAUGGAAUCUACAGAUCAAGUGGUCGAAGCAUUAGAAUACAGAGGCUUUACACCAAUGUUCAGCUUUAACAUAAGUGUUGGUUUCGUGGCAUUAUUGAUGGGAUGGGAAAUGGUGCUUUUGUUUUGGAGAAAUUGGUUAGAGAAAAGACAAAGUUCUCAAUUGUAA